CUUAAGCCACUCGAGUUGAUCUUUGAACUUGCAUUCGCAUUAACACAUCAGUCUCCAAUUGGUUCAUUAAAAGCGAGAUCUUGUUAUGUCGCGGUUGCGUGAGUUGUUUUCUGUUGUCAUAGGUAGAAAUUAAUCGAGGAAUUCCAGAUAUUUCUAGAGUACAUAUUAUCCCCUUACUGUUUCGUCUUUGUUCUAUAUUUAGACACAGUUUUGUGGCUAUUUUUGUCAAACCCCAUUAGUCAUUGGGGAAUCCUGACUAAGUCAAUUUGGCAACGUUUUACAUUUCAAUUGAUGAAGAGUCUAGGAAGCACACAGACACACACAACUAUUUUCCUCAGUUGAAGCGCGGUUAAGAUAAAAACACGUUAGCAGGAGGAUUUUCUUUGAUGGAGUUAUUGCACCCUCUCCAAGGUGAUAUGUCGCUUGGAAGUGUGUACUGUCCGCCAGCUCUCUUAGUUCAUCAGGUGCGUUUAAGCAAUGUCACUUACGAGGUCCCAGAAAGAUACAAACCCAUCAAGCUGAUUGGUUCAGGUGCCUAUGGACAAGUCUGUUCUGCUGUGGACACACAGAGAAAUACCAAAGUGGCCAUCAAAAAAUUGGCCCGCCCAUUCCAGUCUGCCAUCCACGCCAAGAGGACGUACCGGGAGCUGCGGAUGUUAAAGCACAUGAACCAUGAAAAUAUAAUUGGACUUUUGGAUGUGUUCACAGCUACCACAACUUUUGAUGAGUUUAAUGAUGUAUAUUUGGUUUCGCCUUUGAUGGGUGCGGAUUUGAAUAACAUUAUUAAGACACAAACCCUCAGUGACGAUCACGUGCAGUUCCUAGUUUAUCAAAUCCUGCGUGGCCUCAAGUACAUACAUUCAGCAGGCAUCAUACAUCGGGACCUCAAACCUAGCAAUAUAGCUGUGAAUGAAGACUGUGAAUUAAAGAUCCUGGACUUUGGCCUGGCCAGACACACCGAGGAUUCCAUGACCGGUUAUGUGGCCACCAGGUGGUACCGAGCUCCAGAAAUCGUCCUCAAUUGGAUGCACUACAGUCAAACAGUGGAUAUCUGGUCAGUGGGAUGCAUAAUGGCGGAGAUGUUGGCAGGGAAACCCUUAUUUCCAGGAACAGAUCAUAUAGACCAGCUGACCCGUGUAUUGUCGUUGGUUGGAACCCCUAACCAGACACUUCUAGACAAAAUCAACAGUCCAGAGGCUAGGAACUAUGUGGCUUCCAUGCCAAAGUGGCCAAAGAAGGACUUCAGAGAAGUGUUCCUUGGGGCAAAUCCAAAUGCAAUAAACUUAAUGGAACAAAUGUUGGAUUUGGAUGCUGACACUCGAAUCACUGCCACAGAAGCCCUGGCUCAUCCGUAUCUGUCGCAGUAUGCCGAUCCGACGGAUGAACCCACUGCUGAGCCGUACGAUCAGUCGUUUGAAGACAUGGAACUCACUAUACCAGAAUGGAAAGUGAAAGUGUAUGAAGAAGUGGUGAAUUACAAGCCACAGUGAUGCCCCCUGUUCGCUCUCUGACUCAUCAAUCGUUUCAAUGGAUCUCUCUUUACAAAAGACUUCCCUGUUCAAGUUCCCUGCCCCCUCAGGAUGUUGGGGUUUGGGAUAUAACAAAGGAACCAGCCUCUUCAAUAAACAAUAUCAAUUUUGGAUGCAAUUUUUUUUUUUUUGGAAAAAUUUUUUGAAUGUGGUUGUAAGAUUUGUUUAAAAACUAAUCAAAUGAUGCUUACCCUGCAAAAAGGGUAUUAUGAACUUUAAAUCAUAGAAUUGAUGUGGUUUUUUUUUUAAAUCAAGGAAACAGUCUUUUGAUGUAAAGACUAAGACUUGUUGUUCUUCUGAAGUCUGUUUCAUUAGCUGUUUCCAUAUUUGCAAAUUACCGGGGUAUGCAAACUGACUUAUCAUUGUUAUAAAAAUGUCUUUUUUUUUAAAGGAGAAGUUUGACUUCAUGAUUGCUUAGCAAGUGAAAAGCUCUGAUUUAGUGCACAUUUUGAGAGAGACCUGUCUUUAUUUUACCACUACAUGUUCUACAUAUCUAGUUUCAAAACUCUAUAUACCUCAUUCAGAAAAACAAAUCUAGUAAUUUUUUCCCACUGUAAAUCUGUUAAUUUUUGUUUUUGUUGGGGGAGGGGGAGUUUAUGGAAAGUUUGAUUAUGAACAUUUUUUUUGGAUAAGAUUUGUGUCCGAUAUUUUGUGAUUUGUGUGAACAAUUUUUGAUUUCAGUGAGUUUUUUAAGCAGUUGUCAUUCAAAAUAAAGAUAAAAGAAAGUAAAAUAAGAUGUAUUUUAAGAAACUCAUAUAAUUGAAUGUCAUGUAUUUCCUAGAAUAAAACUUUUUUAUUUAAAUAAUAAUAAGCAUAAUGAUCACCAUUCAAGUCAAACAUCACUGUCAUUGUAGUAGCAUUAUAGUAUUAAAACAAAAUCUGGGCAUCAAAGAUUAAGAUGACAAAAAAAAAAUACCAUGAAAAAUCGGAAGUCUUGCAUACUUUUGAUUGUGAAACUGAGACCAAGCUAGCCACAUUUUGUACAUGUGACAUAAAGGCUUCAAGUACAUGUGUACCGAUGGGUGUCCGGCUGAAGAAAAGUGUUUAUUGCCGAAUUGUUGAUUGAUGUAUAGUGCGGAAUUGUAUCGCCUAUAGAAAGAGAACUGUUGUUACUAUUCCAGUGUUUCCUCUUAUUUGUUACAAGUGGUUGCUAUUAAAUGUCUUGUUACCCAAUUUAAUGAAAUUUUCUGUUGAUUUUUGAUAGAUUUUUAGAAAAAAACACACAAUCUUUAUAAUGUCAUUCUAUUAUUAUAUAGUUGAAUUGUACAUACAGUGUAUAUUAUAUAUAUUUUUUCAUGCUUUAACAUCUUUUUGUUUUAUAGAUGUCAGUACUUAUACUAAAUUAUAAAGGAACUUGUGCUAUUCAUCAUCGUAGAUAUCAUGUGACAUGCUGUAAUCGAGUCACGUGACAGUUUAGAUAUUUUAAAGAAUUACGCCAUUUGACAGUUGUCUGACAUCAUAGAUAUUCUGACAUUAUGUCCAAUUUUUUUUUCAAGAUUUUUAGCACUUCAACAUCAUGAAGUUGAAGAUUAUAUUGUUGUGAACGCAUUUAAGAGGUCAUUUGUUCACUGUUCUAUCAGUAUAUUAUGUUCGGCAAAGCACAAAUAAAUCUUUUCUUUUUUCA